UGACCGACAAACAUCUUGCUUUCAAACGCUUUUUCCAUGUUAAUACUCUUGUCAAUACUCGAUUUCCUAACGAAUUCUUUAGUGAUAUUGGUUCAAGUCAAUUGAUUAUCAGUAGGAGGAUAGAAUUUAGUGUGAGUGUUUUUGAAAAUAAUUUAAAGAACUUCUUAGACUUUGGAAAGAAUUUUGUUUGAAGCGCUAUGAUUGUUUUUGGAAUAUAAUUAAAAAAAUAAAUAAUCUCUUAAAAGAAUAAAGCAGAUAUGAAGAUUUCAAAUCUUCUUGACAUAGACUUUUUCUUUCAUUAGGACUAACACACAUGUGCACUCGAAAGCUUCAAGGAAAACAAGAAGAAAAAAGACUUUUUCAGUUAAUUCACAUGAUUCUUAAAUUUUAACAUUUCAGUUUACGAGCUAGUUAAAAUAAAAUUACUUCUUGCUUUAAGUGCUCUAUACGAAAUCAACAAGUUUUCUUAGACAUAGUGCCUCCUUAUCCGACGGUAGCUUUUAAGAAUACUUUCAGGUUCAAUCAUGAGCCACUACCAAUUGAAGGUAACUGUUACUUUUAAUGUUUACUCAAUGAUAAUGAACGGCUCCAAUCCAUCUCUGUACGGCAUUUCUUUGUAUUUAUUGACAGUGAGGCCAGCUCUAUUCAAUAUUUCAGCUUAAUGCAGCUGCCAUUUUUUGAUUAGUUCAGCUUAUACUCAGAUUGGCUUCUACACAGAAGAACUUCUUUAUAGCGGGACAAGACCUCUAUUAAUUGGUAAAAAUUAUUUUCAAUAGAAUAUAAAAUGCUUUUUUUCUAUUUUUUUCAGAAUCUGAAAAUAAAUCAUUCUUUCGUUUCAACGUUUGUUCAGGCAAAGUUUCUGAGAGAACUCGUUUUAUCUAUAUUAAUGUUGGUGCAAAUAUUUUACCGACAAAUGUCAGCAAUUCCAUCCAUCUAUAUUGUCUCGUUGACAACAUAAAGUUGAACUUUUUCAAAUAUAAGAUAUAUCUACUUCGAAUCCCUAUUUAUCUAUCUAUUAUGUUCAUAUUUAGAUGCUGCCCAUUAAUCUUCAUCGUAUGUAAAAUAGAGAAACAUUUCUCAGGCGAUUACAUUGUAAAAAUGAAAAUAUCGAACUUGAUCUCCUUUAUUAUUGUGUUUUUAUAUAUUCUGACAAAAAAUAUUAUAAAAGUAGUUUCAGAAGAAAUAAUGAGCUUACGAAACUGCUUCCAGAUAGUGUUCUAUAUCACAAGAUUAUUCUUCUUUCCUUCCAUAUUUAUUGUCGAAUUCGAUAGAAAAAUGAAAAGCUGACAAAAACGUCGUCUAAAGGUAAAUCGUACAUAGACGAUUGAUUGAAAAUUUAUAUGUGCACACAUCAUAAUAUCUUUGUAUGACUGCAUCAUCUAUCUUAUAAGUAGUGAUUGUUGAGCUGUCUAUACCAACGAUAAAUAGCAUUAUUUUAGAUAAGAAUAUUAAAGUUAAAGAAUAUCACUCAAAUUUUUGUCUUUAUAUAAUAUAUUAAUUCAUUAUAGCUGAAGCAUUCAAUCGCGUUUUUUAAUAGCAGUAACUAGUGCGAAUAUGAAAUUUUGACGAUUAUGAUGUAAGACUGGUUAUUUUUGGUGCGUGCAUUUUGAUUUUCAUAAUAUGUAGAAUAUCCUUUGUUUGAUCGUAGGACAGAAGUAUUGCAUCCUUAUGACACAUUUAAAAACCAUGGAUAUGAAGUAGAUGUUGUUAGUCAAACAGACAGAUACAACUGGUAUGGAUGAAUCAUCUUCUGUCUAUGCACAAAUUGAUGGAAAAAAUCGAAGAGCACUCAAUGAUAAAACUCAUCCAUUACAUGAAUUAUUAGAGUCACAACUAAAAAGAACCUGACGAUAUCGAUCCUAAUAAAUAUGCUAUUAUAUAUUAUUAAGAUGGUCAUGGAGCUGCCUUUGAUUUUCCAAAAGCUACAAGAUUACAACGUAUAGGUUCAUCUAUUUAUCAUAAUAGUGAUGUUAUUGCAGCUGUAUGUCAUGGUCCGGCUGUCUUUGCAAAUUUAAAAGAGCCGUCAAAUAUUAAUCAAAUGAUUGAAUUUACUGUAGUAGAUGGUCGAUUGGUUAGUGGUGUUAAUCCUGCAUCAGCAUCAAUAGUAGCACAAAAAGCUGUAGAAAUUGUAAAAGGCGUUCAUGUAAAAGAUAAACAACCCAAAAAAGAGCGCAUUUUAAAUAUAUACAUUUGGUUCUUGCCGAGUCAUACUAUAGCCAUAUCCAUAUACCAGCAAUUUUAUGCAUAUGAAUUAUGCUAUUUCAGCAUUCAAUAUAUUAAUAGGUACAACGAUGACUAUUCUUUAUUUGAUGAUAUCUAUUCUGUCGACGAUAUUGAAUAUUUCAAAUUAUUUCUGCAUUUGCAUUGGACUGCGAUUAACUUCUUUCUUUUUAAUAUUAAAUCAAUAGUUCUGCUUAAUUGUAUAUGUUUCGUUUUUAUGAAAAACCAGCUAAAGUUUUAUAAUUUUAAGUGGCCAUCUUUAUAAAUGCAUUUGUAUACAUUUUUGUAAAGGCCAUAUUUGUCUGAAAACUUGUUGCGAAGAUGAAUAAUCGAAUCGACAUUUCAACCCACGGUUAGAUUGACCUCAUUGAUCCCCUAUAAAAGACCUUAAUUCUUUAAUUAGUUCCUACAUUCCGUAAUGCUGAGCAGGGUGACAUUGUUCAGCAGAACAGUAUAGUGUGGAUGUGAAAGCAUGGGCGUGAAUGUAUGUCUCUUUUUGACCCUCACCCAUAUCCAUACAUUGUCGUCCUUGCUCAGUCCUACGGAGAAUGUACAUAGGAGCUAAUUAUAGAUAUAAGGUUUUUAUCGGGGUCAGUAAGGUCAAUCUAAGCAUGAGUCAGAUACCUUCAGGACUUUCGGUCUGAACUGAAAAGUAACCGAAAUUUUGGACUGGGUUGAAGGUCUGAGGCGAAAACUGCUGUAACCCGUCGAAUCCACAUAGGCUAUAAUGAAAGUUACACAAUGAAAAGCAUUAGAGAAAUUUCUAAUUCUAAGAAGAAUGUAAAGUAUAGAGAAUAACUUCGACUCAAUUAGUGGCUAAUUAUCAAAGAAAUUUGAUGAAACGAAUAUAUAGAGGAUGUUCCAAAAAUCGGAACAAAACAAAACGUGAAUAGCUUCUCAGCAACAGCUCGAGGGAUGUAAAGAGUUGUUUUAUAGUUUGAUCUCAUAUUAAUUAAAGUUUUAUUUAAUAUAUUUCAGAAUAUAUGUUUCUGUCUACAAAAGUCAGAAUUGAAACAACUGAAUCCUCUAUUACAGCCGCAUUUCAACGAUUUUAUAAAACCACGUAGUAUUGUUGAAAAUUGAUGGGUUUCUAGAAGAUCAUAGAAUAAUUACUAAAGAAAACGCGAUGAAAUUAAUGAUGUGUGUAAAAAUGACCCAGGUUCAAGUGUUCGGUCUAUAUAACUCUUCUUCGUAGAACUGUUGAAGAUAUAGCAACUUAUAUAGCUUUAAUAAGCGAUGCGCUCUCAUAACCAGAUAUAUUCUUGUUUUUGGUCAUGAACAAGCUUGUGCAAUAGACCAAAUACUUGGUCAUGAUUCAUUUUCACAAGCAACCUUAAUUUUAUUGACUUUUCUUCAGUAAUUAUUCUACAAU